AUGGACUGCAGUGCUUAUGAGCUGGAUACCCUGGAGGUCCCUCCCCUCACACCAACCAGUAAGGAGGUCCUCAGCCAGGCGGUGAAGGCCAGUUUUGCUGGAUUUGCCCAGGAAAGAAUCAACCAUCACUUCCCACAGGAUCCUACCUUGUGGUCUGAGUGGGAGGUGAACUACUGGCUGGACUGGUGCCAGGCUGAGUUUGGUCUCCACUGCCUGGGAUCGGACCUGAGAGGCCUGCAGGGCAGUGAGCUGUGUGGCCUGGAAAGAGAUGCCUUCCUAGGCCUGAUGUCUGACUGCACCGCAGGAGAGAUCCUGUGGGAGCAUCUGGAGACCAUGAGGAGAGAACGCUGCUCAGAUUAUAUUCAGGAGCAUUCAGACAAACACGGUUACCAUGUUCAGUAUCAUCCCACUGAGCGGACAGAGCUUCUCACUCUGCACCCUGUGACGGUUCAACAUCAGGACUACUAUCUGAUCAAAACAGAAGAUCACAGCAGGAACAUGGCCUCCGCUGCUCUGCUGUGUGAAACAGGAGGGAACGGAGAGACGGACUCAGAAGUGGACAAUGUUCACAGUGAUGACUCGGACAUUGUGGGCUCUCUAUCGUGGAGCGCUCCUCUCCAGGAUCUUGAGCCAGUGACGGUGGAGACCAUGUCUGGGGACGUCUUCGCCUUACCACUCCCACACAAGAGCUUCAGAGAGUAUGUAGGCAACAAAACCGAUCUGGGCAGAGCCGUGAUACCAGCAGCUAUCCUUGCCGGAUACACUGGAAGUGGUCCCAUUCAGCUGUGGCAGUUUCUGCUGGAGCUUCUCACAGACCGCAGCUGUCAGUCAUGUAUCAGCUGGACAGGAGAUGGGUGGGAGUUCAAGUUGACAGACCCUGAUGAGGUGGCCCUGCUGUGGGGUCAGAGGAAGAACAAACCCAAGAUGAACUACGAGAAGCUGAGUCGUGGUCUGCGGUACUACUACGACAAGAACAUCAUCCGCAAGACGGCCGGCAAACGCUACGUCUACCGCUUUGUCUGCAACCUGCAAGGCCUGCUGGGAUAUGAACCCGGGGAGCUGCACGCCAUGUUGGACAUCGGUAACAAGAAUCGCUAG